CGUAAAUGUCAAGUUUCAAUGAUUCAUGGUCGUGUUUGUGUGCGAAAAAAACUCAGCCGUGAUUUUUCAGCAUUUCUUCCCAUUUCUCUACACUUCCGGUGUCUGGGAGUGUGAUCAGGCAGUGGCAAAGUGAGAUGUUUUUGAGGCAAGUGGUGCAUACAGUGAGUUGAAAUUCAAAGUGGGGGCGUGUGGGGGAAUGACAUCAGACGCGUGGGCAAAAAUAGUGCAAAAAUAUUUCUCACGGAAAUUUCAUGUUCUCCCCAUUAUUCACCUGGGACUGAUAAGUGGUGAGGUGUUGUGAUAAGGAAUUUGGUGAUUUCCCACGGUGGACAGUGUGUGCGAGGUCACAUUGGGUACACAAUGGACGCAGAAGAUCGCACAAACUAUCGCCGGACUGAGGUGGAUUGGUCAAGAUAUGGCCUGGGGAAUGAGGAACCCCAUCACUACAAUAGAGCUCGCCCACGGGGUAAUUCAGGGGGAUUUGUAGACCUUGGAGAUGAAUAUCAGUACGCAGCUGGAGGGCAUCAAGCAUCCGGGGCCAAUGAAAUCUUUGCCGAGGAGCAAGGAGACAAGCCAUGGUGGCGAACAAAUUUCUUCAUAUCACAGCCGGUGCUCUUUGGAACGUGGGACGGGGUCUUCACGUCCUGCCUCAUAAACAUAUUCGGUGUGAUUGUUUUCCUUCGCUCCGGGUGGAUUGUCGCCCAAGCUGGGAUUAUCAAUGCAAUCCUCAUUAUUAUUGCCUCCGUGUCCAUUGCCCUCAUAUCCGUUCUCUCAGCUGUGGGGAUUUGCGAGAGAUGUCGCGUUGAGAGUGGAGGAGUUUACUUCCUCAUUGCCCACACUCUAGGCUCACGCUUUGGGGGAUCCCUUGGGCUUCUCUACUGCUUCGGUCAGGCCGUUGGAUGUGCUCUCAAUGUCCUCGGUUUUGGGGAAUCCAUGGCGGGACUUGUGGGCCUCGCAGGCAACACCUGGGCCAUCAGGGGCUUUGCCGCUGGGGCUGUUCUCAUAAUAGGCAUAAUAAAUGUCGCCGGAGUGAAGUGGGUGGUUAAACUUCAAUUUGCCCUCCUUGUGGUGCUCCUUCUCUCAGCACUGGACUUUAUUAUUGGCUCCUUUGUGGCCAAUGAUCCGGAGAAUGGGAUUGAGGGAUGGCUCAGUGGGAAUUUCAAAUUAAAUCUCUGGGCUGACUAUCAAGACGGGUACACCUGGUUCCGCGUCUUUGGUGUCUUCUUCCCCACAAUCACGGGAAUCCUGUCUGGCAUCAACAUGAGUGGUGAUCUCAGGGCCCCAUCCACAGACAUCCCCAAUGGAACUCUUGCAGCUUUCAGCACUUCGACCGUCCUCUAUUUGAUCUUUGCCCUCUUUUUGGGUGCCAUUGUGAGGCGUGAAACACUCCUGAAGGACUUUAUGAUUGUCGUGAAGGUAUCUGCUGUGCAGAUGCUCCUCCUGGCUGGAAUCUACGUGAGUAGUAUGUCAUCGUGCCUUGGCGCCAUGUACGGGACUCCGCGUGUCCUUCAGAGUAUCGCCAAUGAGAGUGUUAUCCCUGGAAUUGGGGGCUUGGGGAAGGGCAGGGGGCCCAACAAGGUGCCACUGUAUGCAAUGGCCGUGGUGGCUACGGUGACGAUCACUUUUAUCAUUGUUGGGGAUAUCAAUACACUGGCCCCUAUUGUUACGAUGCCCUUCCUCCUCACGUAUGCAUGCAUUGACUACUCCUACUUUGCCCUGGCGCAGACUUUUGACAUUCAGAGUCGACGAGAAGAGAGGUUCAGGAUUCAAGCUCAGAGUCCCUCGUAUGAAUCUCGACGCUAUGGAGCAACGAUGGAGGAGAAUAAUGAUCUCGAUCAUCUCUUCCCAGAGCGCACAAGGCACAAGAAUCUAUCAUCACCACCGACAUCGCAGGCAAAUACCCCGAGUCACAAUCAUUCAAAUCACCUGCCCAACUCCUCAACCACGCAGUCCAUAAAUUCCGAUGUGGUCUUCCGGGGGGUUAAUAGUACAAAUGCAGGUGAAGAGGGUGGGGAUGAGGAUGAACCCAUUGCCGCUGCCAGGCCGCACAUUCAUUCCAAAACGAAGAAUUGGUAUUCGGGCUUCUGCAAUCGCUGGGCAUCCCUCAUGGGGGCCGCCAUAAAGAUCUUCAUUAUGCUCCUGGUGCACUGGAUUUAUGCUCUUGUGUGCCUCGUUGUUGUCUUUCUCGUGUGGUUCUACGUUGGUACGGCGAAUCCCGCCGUGAAACCCGGAUUGGCGCAUGAAUUUCGCUUCUUUGUCUGGCUCAAGGGUGUGAUUUUCCGGUGUUUUGGAAAACGCGUCAAUGAGUACGAACAAAUUGUUGUGACGCCAUCAUGUCCGGGUGUUGAAGUAACUCAGGCACAGCUAAAUGAGGAGAAUGAUGAUUUCUCCUCACGGCGACGCUAUCACCAAUCAUCCGUUGUUCAGGGACAAUACGUUGAUAUCUAAAGGCUGCCGUGUGUGCGAUAAAAGAGAGAGAGAGAGAUUUUCUACAAUUCCUCCCGCAAUAUAUUCCCAGAAAAAGGUGUUUUUGUACCAGAAAAGAAAUUCUAAAAAAAUAAUUUGUGAGAUUUAGCAUGGAAAAUUAGGAGAUUUCCACAGAGAUUAGGUUUUUUUUUCGACAAAAUUUUUCUUUUAAAUUUGUCACAAGAUUCCUUAAUUAAUUUUUUUUCGUGCAGAAAUUGUAAUUUUUGUAAAGUGCCUUUGAUCCAGCGAGAUUUAUUUAAACAACAAAAUUCCUUAAAAACUCACAUUUCCUCUCUCACGAGGAAGAUUAAAAGAUAAAGCACAAAGGCAAAGAAAAGAAAUGUAUAGUAAACUUUAUGUUUAACAUGACUAUUUAUUUAACAAGAAAUUAUAUAUCAAUAGUUUUUAGUGAGGUAGCUUAUAUAGAGCACAUAAACCAGUUUAUUUUUUAUAUAAUCUUUAAUUUUUUUGUGUAGCAAUUUAAGAGCAAAGAUAAAGUGAAAUUGAUUGAUUGUGUAAAUAAAGAAGGGACAUGCUGUAUUUAUCGCAACUUCUAUCAUUAAAAAAAAAAUAACUGAAUUCUAGGCUAAAUUAAUCACAGAUUGAUGUAUAAUUUUAAAGAAAAAUUGAUAAACUUGUACCGUGACGAAA